AUGUCUAUAGCAGUCAUUAGUGGGGGAACAGCAACAAAUGAACUCGUACCGUUAUUUUCCUCGAUUUCUAACAAGAUCACGUAUAUUUUACCCAUAUCUGAUAACGGUGGUUCCACAUCAGAGAUCAUUCGCAUAAUCGGUGGACCUGCCAUAGGGGACAUUAGAUCGAGAUUAACUCGGUUGAUUCCUACCAACCAAGAACCUUUAAGAAAGUUGCUAUCAUUCAGAUUAUCGCUGGAUCCCAGACUGGCUAAAAUUGAGUGGAAUGAAAUAGUCGAGGGGUCUCAUGAACUUUGGAAUGGCAUCAACCCAUCCACAAAGGAAAUCUUCCGUUCAUUUUUUAUUCAUGUUCACACGGAGCUUUUGAAAAGGUCUAAAAUGCAUAACACCAACAAGCAAUUCCGAUACGAAUUGGCUAAUGUUGGAAAUUUGUUUUUGACAGGUGUUAGGUUGUUUAUCGGCUCGUUGGACUCGGCCAUUGAAUUGUUCAUCAGAUUGACUGGGAUCAGCUCUGACAUUCAUGUAUUGCCUUGUAUUAAUACUAAUUUCCCCUACCAUAUCAGUGCAUUAUUGGAGAAUGGGUUGAUUAUAACAGGACAAUCACAGAUAUCUCAUCCUCUGGAUAACAAGAGUUAUCCCCCUGUAAUCAAUAAGACCAGACCACCAAGCCCUACGAUCCCACCUUCGAAUGACAGCGGGGAAAUCUUGGACUUCCACCUGGAUUUAAAACUUAACGUACAACAGAAGAAGUUUCCUCUCAGGGCUUCAAGCUUCCAUUCAGCUGUUUCAUCAGAUGAUGAAGAGUCAGGAAACACGCCCCAGUACAUCCACCCUGAUUUAAAAAUAUCUCAGCUUCACAUCAGCAAGUCUGACAACAUUGAGCCUUUACUUUCGCCUAUUGAAAGGAUAUUUUAUAUUUCGCCACAUGGAGAAGAAAUAUGUCCAAUUGCUCACAACAGAGUUACAACUACACUUUCUAAAGCCGAUUGCAUUGUGUUCUCAAUAGGCUCACUUAUGACAAGUGUGGUCCCUGUUGUUAUCCUUAAGGGUGUAGGCAAGGCUAUCUUGAACAAUCCUGUCAAGAAGAAAAUUCUACUUCUCAACGGCUGCCACGAUAGAGAAACCAAUGGCAUGUGCGCUAUUGACUUUGUAGAUGUUCUUGUCAAGCUGACAGUCUAUUCACUUGGGCACAGCACCAAUGCAGAUGGCGGAGCGGCAACCGCUGGAAAGGACGUUCCAUGGACCAAUGUUGUUAGCCACAUAGUUUAUCUUGAAGACUCACAGAUUCUUGUAGACCAGGAAAGUUUAAAGAGUAAAGGGAUCAACUGUGUAGAAGUGAAGAGACUAGGAGACCUGAAUUACUACGAUCCAGAUGAUUUGGAGAAGAAGCUCAAAGCAGUAAUCAUGGAAGUUUAG